CGUGCGCUGCUCAACGGCGGCACGAUGCUUAUCCUCGUCGGCGCCGUGCUCGCGCUGUUCAUGGGCUAUCCGCUCGUGUUCCACUACUUCCUCUCGCCGCAGGAGGGCCACCGCGGCGGCUUCGGCCUCGGCGGCACCAACUCGACGGGCCAGGUGCCGACGUUUGAGUCGAUGGGCAUGCGCUCCGACCUCAUCGACCCCGACACGGACCCCGCGCUGUACAAAAUUAAGGGCACAACGGGCCAGGACCUCGUGCUCGUCUUCUCCGACGAGUUCAACCUCGACGGCCGCUCCUUCUAUCCCGGCGACGACCCGUUCUGGACCGCCGUCGACCUCUGGGCGCACGGCACGGGAGACUACGAGUGGUACGACCCGGCCGCCGUCACGACGAGCGAUGGUGCCCUGCACAUCACGGCGUCCGAAGACGCGAUUCACAACCUCAACUUCCGCAGCGGCCAGCUGACGACUUGGAACCAGUUCUGCUUCACCGGCGGCUUCUUCGAGGUCAGCGUGCGCCUGCCGGGCAGCCCGCAAGUAAGCGGUUGGUGGCCCGCCGCGUGGACAAUGGGCAACCUCGGCCGCGCCAACUAUGGCGCGACGACAGAGGGCAUGUGGCCCUACAGCUAUGACACGUGCGACACCGGUACGCUCAUCAAUCAGACGAACCCAGACGGACUCGGCCCGAUCUCAGCGCUGCAGAGCGGCGGAGAGACUGUGUUCAAUGACAAGUACGACACGACGAGUGUCAGCUGGCUCCCAGGACAGCGUCUCUCGGCCUGUACGUGCUCCGGCGACGAUCACCCAGGGCCUACUAGAUCGGACGGCUCGUACGUUGGCCGCUCAGCGCCCGAGAUCGAUGUCUUCGAAGCGCAAGUCUCAAACGAGCGCGGAGACGUCAGCUUGAGUGGACAGUUCGCGCCUUUCAACGCCGGCUACUGGCUCAACAACGCCAGCGGCACCGAGUGGCAAGGAUAUGACCCCACAUUCCGCAUCAACUCAUACCGAGGCAACGUGCUCCAACAAAGUGCAUCGGGCGUGGCCGAUACUAAUCAAGAUGCGUACGAGCUCUCGGGAGGAACCUUCAGCACAUACGGCUUCGAGUACGUGCCCGGCCUCGAGUCCGACGGCGCCUACAUCACCUGGUAUCUCGACGGCAAGCUGGCUUGGCGGAUGAACGCUGCCGCCGUCGGCGCAGACGCACGCGCUCAGAUCAGCGCGCGCACCAUUCCCGAGGAGCCGAUGUAUCUUAUUCUCAACCUGGCGCUCUCGAGCGGCUUCGGCUACGUCGACUUUGACAAGCUCACGUUCCCAGCGACGAUGAGCGUCGACUACGUGCGCAUCUAUCAGCCGCCGGACAAGAUCAACGUCGGCUGCGACCCGCCGAACUUCCCAACGGCCGACUACAUCCAGAAACACCUCGAGGCCUACACGAACUCAAACCUCACGACAUGGGGCAACACUCGCGACGUCGGCGGCUUCGAGCAAGACUGGCCGCGCAACCGCCUGUACUCCGGCGGGUGCGACGUCGAGCCGCGCAAGUAUCCUGGCCGCGAGCGCGCGUCGGCCACGGCCGCCUAGCGCGGUCCGAUGACGAGGAAAGUCGUAAGCGCUUUCAUCAUGUAUCUCUCGCUCUCUGGGCUGCCUCUGCUCCUUCUAUCUUCCCUUGCUCUGUCU